UCCCUGAGUCCGCCGCCGCUCCUUGCCCCCGCCUCGCCCCGCUUCCGCCUCACCCUGCUUCCGCCGCCGCGCUACGCCUCCCACGCUCAAUAAGACAAGAGGUUUCUGCGGCCCUAAAUCGCUCAUCUGGUUCAUCAGAUAUCUGAGGUUGUCAAUACUCAAUUCCAUGAAAGAUCUGAUAGAUAUCUGUCGGGAGCACAAAAUUGGGGCAAUUGGUAAAUUUUAAAUUGCUUUUGUCACUAUAUUACCCUAUUCGGACCAAAUGGACGGAUCGUUUGUGCCUAGAAACAACAUUGAAGAGGCUAUACUUCUUUUAAUGAUUUUGCUAAGAAAAGCCACUCUAAAUAGAAUUGAGUGGGAUCCUUCAAUUUUGGACCACCUUUCAUUUGCUCUAUCUGUUUCUGGAGAUUUGAUGAUUUUAGCCAAUCAAUUGGAAGAAUUGCUUCCUGGAACUAUCCAUCGAAAGGAGAGGUUCUAUGCUUUAGCUCUUUGUUAUUAUGGAGCAAAAAAUAACGUGGAAGCGCUGGAUCUUCUUAGAAAACUGCUGAGUAAUAGAGAGGACCCAAGACAUGUUCCAAGUUUGUUAAUGGCUUCUAAGAUUUGUUGCGAGAACUUCAGUGUUAUAAAAGACCCUGGGGUAAGCUUUGCUCGGAUGGCACUUGAGAACUUGGAUGGAAGAUGUAAUCAGUUAGAAAAUUUGGCCAAUUUCUUACUUGGUGUUUCACUUUCUGCAUACUCGAAAUUGGCCAUUUCUGAUGCUGAGAGGGUUAAGAGACAAUCUGAGGCACUUCAUACCCUUGAAACUGCCUGCAAAUUGAGCAGAAUGGAAGACCCUGUUGUAUUAUACCAUCUGAGUUUAGAAUACGCUGAGCAACGGAAGUUGGAUGCUACACUUCAUUAUGCUAAGUGCAUUGUAAAACUUGAAGUUGGCUCUAAUUUUAAAGGUUGGUUACUGUUAUCUAGGGUAUUAUCCGCACAAAAGCGGUUCUUAGAUGCCGAAUCUAUUAUCAAUGCUGCUUUGGAUCAGACUGGGAAAUGGGAUCAAGGUGAUUUGUUACGAACAAAGGCGAAACUUCAGAUCGCUCAGGGCCAGUUAAAGAGUGCCAUUGAGACAUACACUCAGCUUCUUGCUGUUUUUCAGGUUCAUAGUAAAAGUUUUGGUUCUCGGAAUAAGCUAUUUAAGGACAAAAGAGAUCAGAUUAGGAAUUUGGAAGUUGAAGUAUGGCAUGAUCUUGCUUAUGUAUACAUCAGCCUUUCACAGCGGCAUGACGCAGAGGCCUGCCUUUCAAAAUCUCGGGCCAUCAAACUAUACUCUUCUACUAGAUGUCAUGCAAUAGGGUAA